UUUGCUAGUAAAAAUGGCUACCCAUCAUACGUCAUUUUUGAUUUGGAUUAUGGUCUGUUACUCGAUACAGAGUCGAUAUAUACUGAGUGCAUGCAGUCAAUACUGGACAGAUACGGGAAGGUGUAUACAAGAGAAUCAAAGAUAAAGGCGAUGGGUAGGCCGAGACUUGAGGCAGCCCAAGUGGUAGUGGAUGAUGCUGGAAUCCCAUUGACUGCUGAGGAGUUCAGCAAGGAGCUGUAUAGUUUACUGUUUGAGAGGUUUCCAACCGCAAGAUACAUGUACAUGCCAGUAUAUCAAAAUAAUUAUCAUUUUAAAGGUGCUUUCCAAAUCCUGCAACACCUCUCUACUCAAAAAGUCCCACUGGCUCUAGCCACCAGUUCACACACAGCUGCUUUUGAGAGCAAAAUGAGCCAAAAACCAGAACUCCUCUCCUGUUUCUCUCACACUGUCUGUGGCGACAAUCCUGAGGUUAAAAAUGGUAAACCCUCUCCUGAUAUUUUCCUUGUUGCUGCCAGUAAAUUUGAUCCUCCUCCUCUUUCAAUGGACAAAGUACUAGUUUUUGAAGAUGCUCCUAAUGGUGUGGUCGGUGCAAAGGCAGCAGGAAUGAAUGUCGUCAUGGUCCCAGAUAAAAUGAUUGAUCCUGAACUCACAAAAGAAGCUGACGUUGUUUUAGAGUCACUGACGUCCAUUCGAUUGGAGGAUUGGGGUCUACCAGCUAUUAGUUUUGAUUGAUUAGUAUUUUUUUUCGCUAAUAAUAAUAACAAUUUUUAAUUAUUUUAUUUGAAUUUUAAUUUAGUAGAGGAAUCUGGUAAUAGUC